AUGGCGGUUGUUAAUUGUACUACGGUAGAAUCGCAUUCCCAGGUGCUUGCUGGUGAAGUGAAUGGUGCGCCACGAGAGUGCAACAUCUUAGAAUACGUGUCAAAUUUCAUCAGGUCCCUUGUAUUCAACGUGGCAUGGUCGCCUUUGGUGCCCAACAUUCUUCUGUCGGGGAGCAACGACAGGACUGCGCGAGUGUGGGAUGUCGAAAGUGGGACGUGUACGAGGGUGUUGCAGGGCCACACGCAAAAUGUGAGGGGACUAGCAUGGCAUCCAGAGAUACAUCACAUCGUCAUUACAGGAAGCUGGGAUGCCACGGUGCGCGUCUGGGACACUCAGACAGGCGAGAGCCUGGCCUGCUGCAAGCACCACGUUGCGGACGUGUACGGCAUUUCAAUGCACCCUCAAAGGCCUUUUGCCCUGGCCACAGUGUCCAGAGACUCUACUGUUCGCAUCUGGAGCCUCACGCAGCUGCUGCCCGGUCCAAUGAUCAGCUGCAUUCUUGGCAAGAAGUUCAGAUGCGAUCAGGAACGAGGCUCUGGAACAUACCAAGAUCCAAGUUUCGAGCUCAGUGGUCCAUGUUCCAGAAACUUGGAAAAUGACUUGGCCGCAUACGGCACGAAGUGCGAGAGGUUCCAGUCAAUAUUUCGAUUUUUCUACGCUCCAGGUCCAGCAGAUGUCUUGUGGAAUUUGGCAAGACGUGUGUGCAAGUUGCCUCCAGAUGCCUCAUGUACUUCUGGUAAAACCAUGCUGUUCCACACCGACGUUCACAGAGCUCUCAAACAACGCUUCAAUGACAAAAUGAUGAAUUUCGAUUCUGAGAGCAGUGGUGUGAGGGCGCCGCGGAGCUUCCACGCCCUCGAGGAGGCGAGCUCCGUGGAUGUCAGAGCCGGCAACGUUCGGCGCUAUUGCGAGACGCUGCUGUCGCAGGGAGAAUGGGACAAAGCUGCCGCGGCCGCUCCCGCUGUGUCAGUGUCCUAUUGGAGGGAGGUGAUGGGACGCAGGGCUGUGUGGCUGGCGAAGGGCGGCAAGGUGGAGGACUGCGUGACUUCCUUUAUCGUGUGUGGGCGCCUUGAGGACGCCGUGGCGAAGUGCCUCGAGGAGGAGAUGUAUGACCAGGCUUUCGAGCUAGCAUGCAUGCAGGCAUCCGGGGGAUACAGUCGCCUACUGCCUAGCAGCGACAGCGUCAGGGCACCUUCGGAUCAUAUGAAGCAUAGUAUGGAUGGCAACGCUUCGUACAAGGUGGUGAAUGAAAGGGAAGCGGCCGCUGAUUACCAAGGCAAACUUGAGUCUCUUGAUGCCACUGACAGAAGGCUUCGGAGUGAUUCGGAACCAAUGAGGCGCAUAAGAUCGAUGCAGGCGGCCGAAUUUCAGAAAACGGGACAGCCCAUCAUGGCUGCGUGCUGCCAGCUAUCAAUUGAUGACACAGAAGAGGCCCUGCAUAUCCUGUUGGCAGCAAACGAAAUCGACCUGGCGACUGCUCUGCUCAUGGCUGUCGAAUGUCAGGAUGCCUUGAAAUCAAUGAAGACGAUAUCUUCAAAAAUCAGAACAUGUUUCGCGAUGAGGUGCGAGGCUGCAGGGCUCAGGAAGCUGGCGGCCGAGGUCCUACAUACAUUGGAUGAUGCUCAGGCUCAUGUAGAACAGCUGUCCAUCCGCUUGCCAAAGUCAAUGCCACCAGAGGAGGUGGAUGCCUUCUACCUGGCAGUCGGGCUUGAGGCACCAGGGACCUACACGGCCAAGGCAGAGGGUGCCAGCACGCAAACAGAGUCCAUAAGGUUGCUGUUGCUUGGGAGGAACUUCGCAGAUGCAGCCAACAAAUUGGUGGCCGCCCUGCACAGCACGAUGUCCAAACCCAAAUGGACAUUUGAUGAAGUGGAGCCCUUGGUGGGAUACAUCUUCAGCAUCGAUCCCUCAACGCUCGCUGAUAAAGAGCAAGUCUUGGUGCAGGCCUACCAGAACUUGAUUGGCAGCCACAUAGCUUGGAAGGAAGGCUACUUCACAGUGUCACAGUUCCUUCUGCACGAAGUCAGGAGCUUCACCAAGAAGCAUGGGGGUGCCCUGGAGCUGAGCUUUCCCAUCUCCACACCCGAGAUCAACUACUUGGAAGCUAGGGCGAUAGCGGGAAUUGACGAAAACGCAUCGCUCCUGCUGCUGUCCCACAUCCUGGAAGCCACAGACGCACCAGACUCGGUGAAAGCAUCAGCCCGCCACCUCGAUGCUGAGAUCCGGCGUGGGGCAAUGAACCCGUGCUGGCGGGGUGAGCAAGGGAGAGGAGGGUGCCAGGACGUUGCCAGCGCAACAGGCGCCAUUCUUCGACACUCCAGCGUCGCAUCUGGCGCGUCAGGAGAGCCCGUCUCAAGCCCGAGCGUGGAACUGAAGACAGGCAAAUUUCUCUCGCUGCCCGAAGCGAUAAUGCUCUCUCGUGUCAUGUGGCCUUGGGCGCUCAAUGUUCGCGACAUUUUUAAAUAG